AUGCCGCGGCCAACCAAACUCAUCAACCUGAUGCGCGGCUGGCCGUCGCCCGGCGUGCUGCCCGCCAGCCUCCUGUCGGCGGCGUGCCAGCGGGCGCUCGCGCACCCGGCCGAGUCCACGCCGCUCCUCCAGUACGGGCCGGACGCGGGCCACGAGCCGCUGCGCGAGGGCCUGGCGCGGUGGCUGGCGCGGCACUACGGCGUCGAGCCGGACGCCCGGCGCAUCUGCGUCACGGGCGGCGCCAGCCAGAGCCUGGCCUGCGUGCUGCAGAGCUUCACGGACCCCGUCUACACGCGCGCUGUGUGGGUCGUCGAGCCCUGCUAUCACCUUGCCUGCGGCAUCUUCGACGAUGCCGGCUUUGCGGGCAGGCUGCGGGCGGUGCCGGGGGAUGACGAGGGCGUCGACGUGGAGGCGUUGCGCGCGGGGAUCGGGGAGGUGGACGAGAGUGCGGGUGCGUGUCCGCAGCCCGAGCCCCUCAAGAUGCCCGGCCCGGCACGGAAGCUCUACAGGCACGUCAUCUACUGCGUCCCGACAUGCUCCAACCCCACCGGCGUAUCCAUGUCUCUGCGCCGGCGCGAGGCCCUCGUGCGACUGGCCCGGGCGCACGACGCCCUCGUCGUGUGCGACGACGUCUACGACUUUCUGCAGUGGCCGCUCGAGGGAGACACCCGGCCCGAGCGGAGCCCCGAGAUGAGGCUGCCGCGCCUCUGCGACCUUGACCUGGGCAUGGGCCGAGCCGACAACGACCCGAUGGGCUUCGGCCACGCCGUCAGCAACGGCUCCUUUAGCAAAAUCGCCGGCCCCGGCAUGCGCACCGGCUGGGUCGAGGCGUCGCCGGCCUUUGUCACGGGGCUCUCCAGGACGGCCUCCACCCUGUCCGGCGGAGCCCCGAGCCAGUUCUGCGCCGGCGUCCUUGGCUACCUCGUCCAGGACGGCCGGCUCGAGAAGCACAUCGAGGACACGGUCCGGCCGUCUCUGCAGCGCAGGCACCGCAUCAUGAUGGACGCCGUCCACCGCCACCUCUCGCCGCUCGGCAUCCACGUGCGAGAAUCCAGCGUCGGCGGCAAGGACGUCUACGGGGGGUAUUUCAUCUGGCUGACGUCGCGCCCGGGGCAGCUGCCGGCAUCGCGACUGGUCGCCGACGCGGCCCUCGACGAGGCGAAUCUCGUCAUCGCCCCGGGUAAUAUUUUCGAGGUUCACGGGGACGAGCGCCGUGCCAGGUUCGACAGAGACAUUCGCCUCUGCUUUGCGUGGGAGGCCGAAGAUGACCUUGUCGAAGGCGUCCGCAGACUCGGCCAUCUCCUAGAGCGCAUGCAAAACAACAAGUCGUACUACGAGGAGCAGGCCGGUUCGCGGCAAGACUUCAAUGUCGAUGCCAACAAGUGA